UCUUGACCAUGUUUACACAUCGCAUUGUUUUUUGUUUUCUGUUCAGAUCGCCGGUGGGCCACCAACGCUUAUAUAUGAGGCUGGAGCUGGUUUAACUUGAAUCAUUCGUGCCAGAUCAGUGCGCCCGUCACAUGCUAUUAGUUGCAGUGCAUCCAGUGAAAGCGGAACACAUCAGAAGUAGAAGUACCAACAUUCCAACAUGUUGCCGAAACAAGAAGCCUGCAACCGCGGAUUCUGCGACUGUCCGUUCCCGAACUCCAUUGAGGUCACCAACCAUAAGGGUCACAUCCCAGAUUUGGUCAAGUGCCGGUGCGGCGAAGAUGUACCUGGCAAUGUAAGCCCGUGGAGAUGGCAUGUAUCCGAGGAGUCGGACGCUUUGGUCACCGACAGGGACAUCAUUUUUCAUCCUACCUUCAGUCAGGGCACGGCAAUAGUGAGAGGAGAGCAUGCCCUAAAGCCGGGCAUGGUGCACUUUUGGGAGAUGCGAGUCAUUACCGCACUGGCUGGAACAGAUGUGAUGUUCGGCAUCGGUACCGGCAACGUCCACUUAGAGCAGUUCAAGUUCCAUUUCGUCUCGGCUUUGGGUACCAAUGCCCAGUCCUGGGGAUUCUCUUACUCUGGCAGGGUCCAACAUUGUGGAGAGCAGAUACCCUAUGGCCAGAAAUUCUCCCAGGGAUGCUUAAUUGGUGUCUACCUAGAUCGCACGAAUGGACAUUUAGAGUUCUACCUUAAUCGGAGGCCAUUAGGAGUGGCCUACACGAACGUUCCAACGGAUCCCGAUGUUGAUAUAUACCCGAUGGUCUGCUCCACUGCAGCCAAAUCUGUGAUAAGGCUGAUCAAUUGCACCUCGCAGCCGGUUACACUACAAUUGCGUGCCUUCCAAUCUAUGGCCAAGCAGCCUGCAAAGCUAAUGGAGCUUCGUCAAAUGCCUGGCCUCAAAGGUAUCCUGCAGGCCUAUUGGUUCAUGGCGCCGCCGAUUCGAUACUCUAGAACAUCCCACGAAAACGAAUUCGAACUAGGUGAUGAGGCAGUGUUGUCCAGCUCUAAGUUGCGGUUGAGUCGCAAGCAAAAAUAUAGGGAAUCCGACGAUGUGAACAUUGACGAGGAUUUGUACGCUAAUGCCCACAAGAUUACCUUACGAAGAAGCGAAAGCGGUGAUGAGGAGCAUGCAGCAUCCGUUCACGAGAUGUGCGACGAGUACUUCCACUACCUAUUAUAGAUCGAAGUUGCCAUAUCAUAGUUAUAUCAAUAAUGCAUUUAUUUAUCUAAUGCUAAGCUUAUAGAAUGUUAUUAUACUAAGAAAAAAAAUAAUUGAUAUUUUCAUGUACCUUAUCAAUUGCCGUAUGUGUCCGAUUUUGUUGUUAAAAUACAAUGGAUCAAUAGUAAAUGGAAUAUAAUAUAAAUUUAUCACUUAUUUAAAGUA